AUGGAACCCCCGGAAGAUUCCUGCAGGGAGCCGCGGGGCAGCAAUGCCAGGGUUCACUGCAGGAACAGGAUCCAGCGUGAGGAGAAGCAGAAUGUCAAUCAGCCUGUUUCUCUCCUCCCAGUCCACCCUACCCCCAGCAAUUGUCCCAAACAGGUGCCAGUCCCUCAAAGUCACACCCCUGGCUCUCCCUCCUACCUCGUGCUGAGAACAGUGGCUGCUGCUCCUACAGAUCAGGAAGCUGGAAGCAGCAAGCCCUUGGCUGCUGGGCCUAUGGCUGAGGAAGCAAGACAGGGGUCAGACCCACAGACCCAAGAUGCCUUGGAUGAAGAGCCACCACCUCCCAGCUCUGGCACAGGAGAGAAGCUGCUGUCUGAGGCUGCUGGAGAUCUAAUGAGGGCUGAUGCCUGGACAACAAUGAAGAGGCCCAUUUCUCCAGCCCCUGGAAAACAGAAAAAGUCUAAUGCCAUGGGUCUGGUCUCAACACAAUCUCUGAGUGUCACUAACUCAGCCCGUGCCACACACAAACCAGAGCCUUCUGGUUCGGGUCCAGGCCGCUACCAUCUGGCCAACCUUCUCAGCACAUUGGUCCAAAAUAGCCAAAACUCAAACCAGAAUAAGGGGCCCCCAGAAGUGACCUGCCAAGUUCGGAAAAAGACUCGAACCCUGUAUCACCCAGAUCAACUGGAGGAGCUGGAGCGGUUAUUCCAAGAAGACCACUAUCCUGACAGUGAUAAGCGCAGGGAGAUUGCCCAGACAGUGGGGGUCACCCCCCACAUCAUGGUAAAGGGAUGGCUUACCUGUCAGGGGGUGGUAGAGGACCUGCCUGUUGGAACUGUCCAGGUGCAGGGCAUGUGCUUAGCUUCUGCCUGGGUGUGGUUCCAGAAUCGCAGGGCUAAGUGGCGAAAAGUGGAGAAACUGAACGGGAAAGAAAACAAAGAUAAUCCUGCAGUUCCUGCCCCUGCCAGCAGUCAGUGCAGGUCCACAUCUGAUCUUCCACCUCCUGUGCCCAUGGACCCAGAGCAUGGUACUAUUCCUCCAGAACCCUCUCUGGAUACCUUUACAGAGCCACCCAUGCUGCUGACUUCUGACCAGACUCUGGCCACCACCCAACACAGCGAGGGAGCUCAGAGGGUAGCCAUGACCCCACCACUCUUCAGUCCCCCACCUGUUCGAAGGACCAACCUUCCUUUUCCCUUGGGCCCUCUCCACUCUCCCCAAUUGAUGCCUCUGCUGAUGGAUGUUCCUGGCAAUGACAACAGCCACAAGGAUGGCCCCUGUGGGCCUUGGGGUACAAGCUUCACGCCGCCACCCACCUGCUCAUAUUUGGAUGAUUUGGAACCUCAGGAUUACCAACCAAGCAGCCAGAUGGGACCAUUCCAGUUCUCCCAGCCUCCACAGUCACAGCUUUUCCAAUCUCCUCAGUCCCAGUUUUCAUACAUGUCCCCUUUCUCUCCCUUCCCCAUGCCCAAUUCACUGACAUUUCCACCGCCAGAAGACUCUCUCUUUUCCUUUCCUUGUGGCUCCAGUGGGGGCACAUCACAGGGCUAUUGCCCAGGGCCCCCAUCAGGGCAGAUUCUGCUGCAGCCACCUGUUGGGAAUAUGGGUACAGUUCCCUGGAAUGAUCCCUGUUUGCCAGAACUACCCUUCCCUGGCCCGUCUUGCCCACAGGCUCCAGGGCACCCCCCUGGUGGAAAUAGCUUCUUCACUGAUCUAUUUCCACUUCCCAGUGCUCAGACUAUGAGCAGACAGUCCUCACCAGGUCUCAACCGGUUGCCUGAAAGGACCAGACCAGGAAUAGGGCCCUCACUCAGUAAGGCAUAUGAGGAGAAGACUGCCUCUUUCCUGGAGCAGCCAGGACUGAAAGAGGUCAGAAAGGAAGAUAAGAAUAGCCAUGUCCCCUAG